CGUAGCAACUGGGCCGUGAAAAGCUCCUCGUGCGAGUGUGUGCCCGGAGAGCUGCAGUGUGUGUGUCCUGUAGACGCACCGUGGAGCUUCCAUGAGGAGAAGAUGCUAAACAUGUGGAAAGUUCGAGAGCUGGUGGACAAAGCCACCAAUGUGGUGAUGAACUACUCUGACAUCGAGUCCAAGGUGAGAGAGGCCACCAACGAUGACCCCUGGGGGCCUUCUGGUCAGCUGAUGGGAGACAUAGCCAAGUCCACCUUCAUGUACGAGCAGUUCCCUGAGGUGAUGAACAUGCUAUGGACGAGGAUGCUGAAAGACAACAAGAAGAACUGGAGGCGUGUCUACAAGGCGUUGCUGCUGCUGGCCUACUUGAUCAGGAAUGGAUCAGAGAGAGUGGUGACUAGCGCAAGAGAACACAUCUAUGACCUGAGAUCUUUAGAGAACUACCAUUUCCUUGAUGAGAAUGGUAAAGACCAGGGCAUCAACGUACGUCAAAAGGUGAAGGAGAUGGUGGAAUUCAUCCAGGAUGAUGACAGACUCCGGGAGGAGCGGAAGAAGGCCAAGAAGAACAAGGACAAAUACAUUGGAGUGUCCUCCGACAGCAUGGGAGGAGGAGGUGGAGGGAGCUUCAAGAAUUGUAUGCAUGUCUCCUCCAGAGUGGAGUGCACCCAUCGUAACCUCACAACAUCUCCUUGUGUCUCUCUCCCAGCUACUGAGUUGGAGCGCAGCAAAUGGGACGAAGACUGGGACAAAAGCCGGGCAGCGUUCCCCUUCAGCGAGAAGCUGGGAGAGAUCAGCGAGAAGAUUGGCAGCACCAUCGACGACACGCUCAGCAAGUUCCGCAAGAAGGAACGAGACGACUCCCCCGACAGGAUCAGCGACAACGAGGAGGACAGGGCAUCCAGAAACGGUCGCCAGGACGCCCUCGAGUUUAAAGAUGAAGAGGAGACGGUGACGACCAAGAGCAUCCAGAUCACCCAGGCAACAGAAACCACCACAACCACCACACGCAAGCGCAGCGGCGCCCCCAGUACAAAGACUUUGGAUCUCGGUGCCGCCGCCCACUAUACGGGAGGCAAGAGUCCUGAGGAGGAGACAUCUGUGAAAAAGUCACCCAGCGACUGUCUGGCUGACCUGCUUGUUAUUGAUCCGUCAUCCAAUCAGAAUUCUUCAGCAGGUGGGAGCGCCGACCUGAUUGACGCCUUCGCUGACUUCUCGGCUCCAGCAGCUUCAGCCACUGCCGCACCAACCAAUGGGAACACUGAAUUUGGAGACUGGAGCGCCUUCUCCAACCCUCCAACUUCAUCAAGCUCCGCCUCCUCCCAGCCAGUCACCGACCUGUUUAGCAGCAUACAGCCACCAUCAGCGCCCGCCUCCAACCCUGCCCCCGCCCCGCCAUCAGCUGAGCUGUUUGACCUGAUGGGCGGAGUUAACCAGCCACUAACCAAUGCCACGCUGAGCGCCUCACAGAGUUUGACCUUCUCUGUAGGGGGGGCAGCACCAGGACCAUCUGUCUCUAUGCCAACCGUGCCGCUUUCUCGUUCCCAGCAGACUUUGGGGGGUCUAAUGUGUCAGCCACCUGCUGGACUUAAGCAGAAGGUCGGGAUGGGGGUUCCAGGCUCUUUAGGGUCCACCUGGUCUGACCCGUCUGUCAACAUCAGCCUGGACUUCUUGUCAUCCAACCUCAACCCCACAAAGUCCCAGACCGCACUCAACAACAUCCUCCAGCAACAAGGAGUACCUCCCGUCCACCUGAUGGCCCAGAACUUUGGUGGACUCAACUUAAGCACUCCGCCUGACGUGACGCCCAUCAGACCGCUGGCAAAUCACAUGAUGGCAAACACCACCAUGCCGCCUUCAAUGACCUCAGGGCCCGUGGGAAUGGGCACGCUUCCAGUUAAUUCUGGCAUGAUGGGAAUGAACAUGAGCAUGAAUAUGGGCAUGGCUGCUCCCAUCAUGAUGGGCGGCAUGACCAGCAUGGGUGCGCCGGGAGUCGGAAUGGGCCACACGCACUCCGUCGCCCCAGGUGUUGUUCCGGUCAAACAAGAUGCCUUUUCCAGCUUUGGCAAUUUUGGAAAAUGAAUAUGUGUGUGUGUGUGUGUGUGUGUAUGUAUGUGUGCGCAUGUUGAAGGGUUGUUCUGCAUCUGCAGUCAGGACUUGCAUGCAUCUCUCUGGUAGAGGUCUUUGAGGAUUGAGCAGACAUGUUCUGUUAAUGAUAGUUGCCACUCCACACCAUCCAGGAGGACUAAUGUGCUCGUCCUCACAAGAAUGCAUCAAAAAACGUUCAUGUUAUUUCUUCGUAUACAUGAAAAUCAGACAAUUGACUAGGCUCCAUCAUGAACAUCUCUGAUGAAUAUUUUCUGAACGGCUGCUUCACUCAUCUGGACUUGUUCAGACCUUUCGACGAACACUUUUCCCUCCUCACUGUCACAGUGGCCUCAGCAGAUCCACAUGGACGAUUGAGCGCCAUCACAAAUGAUGACAAAUGUGCACAGGAAACAACAUGGACAUCAUGAUGUGGAUCCGCUACAUUUAUGGCAAGGACAGAUGGACUUGAAGAAGAGUUUGUGUGUGUGUGUGUGUGUAAGAGAGUGAAAAAAUGAGUCAGCAUGCAUGGAUGUAUGUAUCGUGUAUGUGUGUGGUCUGACUUUGACAUGCACACACAGCUAAGCAGAGCCUUUUGUCACUCUCUGAGACAAUGUGCUCCAAAUGACCAAAUCUUUAUUUUGUUACUCUCAGAAGGAUGAUUCCAUAGAUUUAAUUUAAUAUUAGUUUAUCUUCAUACAGGAGAGCUACUAACUGUUCAGUUGACACAAAACAUGUUGUGUUCCUUUUUUUUCCCAGUACACCUCGUUUUUUUAUUGUAUAUUUUCUGUACUUCAUCCUACAUUGUAUUAAAUUAUAACAUGAAGUCA